AUGGCGGAGCAGAGUGGUGUGGCGUCAGUGGGUUGUGAUUUGUCGGUGAAGAGGCCAAGAGAGGAGGAAGAGAACAACGGGGUUUCAGUUUCCUCUGUUUCUGUUGAAAUGGAGGAUUGUAACAACAAAGAUCCCGAGUAUAUCUCUUCUGUUAUACCUGGGUGGUUCUCUGAGAUUAGUCCAAUGUGGCCUGGAGAAGCACACUCGUUAAAGGUCGAAAAGAUCUUAUUUCAGGGGAAGUCUGACUACCAGAAUGUUAUGGUCUUUCAGUCUUCAACUUACGGGAAGGUUCUUGUUUUGGAUGGGGUAAUUCAACUCACAGAAAGGGAUGAAUGUGCUUAUCAAGAAAUGAUUACUCAUCUGCCACUUUCCUCCAUUCCAAACCCAAAGAAGGUUUUGGUUAUUGGGGGAGGAGAUGGUGGCGUCUUACGUGAGGUGUCUCGCCAUUCUUCUGUUGAGCAGAUAGAUAUAUGUGAGAUCGAUAAGAUGGUGGUUGAUGUUUCUAAACAAUAUUUCCCUGACAUAGCUGUUGGAUACAUGGAUCCCCGUGUAACACUCCACCUUGGCGAUGGAGUUGCAUUUUUGAAGGCUGUGGCCGAAGGAACUUAUGAUGCAAUUAUAGUAGAUUCUUCUGACCCAAUAGGUCCCGCACAAGAGCUUUUUGAGAAGCCUUUCUUUGCAUCAGUGGCAAAGGCUCUUCGUCCUGGUGGGGUUGUAUGUACCCAGGCUGAAAGCAUAUGGCUUCACAUGCACAUUAUUGAAGACAUUGUUGCUAACUGCCGCCAGAUUUUCAAAGGCUCUGUCAACUAUGCAUGGACCACAGUCCCUACAUACCCAAGGCAUGCACUUUGA